AUGGCGGGGGCGCCGCGCGGCCCCGGCGGCCCGGGCGGAGGCGGCGGAGGCGGCGGCGGCUCCGCGGAGCCGGGGGGCGGGCGGGCGGGCGGGCUGCGGCGCGGGCUGCGGGCGUGCGGCGGCGGCUUCGCGUGCCCCGAGCUGGAGGCGCUGUUCCGCGGCUACGCGCUGCGGCUGGAGCAGGCGGCGGCGCGGCGGGCGCUGGCCGUGCUGAGCCUGCUGGCGGGCGCGCUGGCGCUGGGCGAGCUGCUGGGCGCGGGGGGCGCGCGGGGCCCGGCGGGCGGCUCGCACCCCGCGCACUUCGCGCUCUUCCUGGCGCUGCUCGUGGCCACCCACGUGCGCGCGCUGCCCGCGCGGCGCCUGCGGCAGGUCGGGGCGCUGGCGCUGCUGCUCUGCCUCACCUUCGCGCUGCUCGCCUGCCCCUUCGCGCCCGCCGCGCUCUCCGGGGCGCCCGCCGCGGACCAGGGCGUGUGGCCGCUGCUCCUCGUCACCUUCGUGGCCUACGCGCUGCUGCCCGUGGGCGGCCCGCUGGCCGCCGGCUUCGGGCUGGUGGUGGCCGCCGCGCACCUGCUGGUCACGGCCGCCCUGGGGCCCGCCCGGCGCCCGCGCCUCUGGAGGACGCUGGCCGCCAACGCCCUGCUCUUCCUGGGCGUGAACAUGUACGGGGUGUGCGCGAGGGCGCUGGCCGAGCGGGCCCAGCGCAGGGCCUUCCUGCAGGCGCGCUCCUGCAUCGAGGACCGGCUGCGGCUGGAGGACGAGAACGAGAAGCAGGAGCGGCUGCUCAUGAGCCUUCUGCCCCGGAACGUUGCCAUGGAGAUGAAGGAGGACUUCCUGAAGCCCCCCGAGAGGAUUUUCCACAAGAUUUACAUCCAGCGGCAUGACAACGUGAGCAUCCUCUUCGCGGACAUCGUGGGCUUCACGGGGCUGGCGUCGCAGUGCACAGCCCAGGAGCUGGUCAAGCUGCUCAACGAGCUCUUCGGCAAGUUCGACGAGCUGGCCACGGAGAACCACUGCCGGCGCAUCAAGAUCCUGGGCGACUGCUACUACUGCGUGUCCGGUCUCACCCAGCCCAAGGCCGACCACGCCCACUGCUGCGUGGAGAUGGGGCUGGACAUGAUCGACACCAUCACGUCCGUGGCCGAGGCCACCGAGGUGAACCUCAACAUGCGCGUGGGGCUGCACACCGGCCGCGUCCUCUGCGGCGUCCUGGGCCUGCGCAAGUGGCAGUACGACGUGUGGUCCAACGACGUGACGCUGGCCAACGUCAUGGAGACCGCGGGCCUCCCCGGGAAGGUGCACAUCACCAAGGCCACGCUGGAGUGUCUGAACGGCGACUACGAGGUGGAGCCGGGCCACGGGCAGGAGAGGAACGGCUUCCUGCGCGCUCACAACAUCGAGACCUUCUUCAUCGUGCCCUCGCACCGGCGCAAGAUCUUCCCGGGGCUGAUCCUCUCGGACAUCAAGCCGGCCAAGAGGAUGAAGUUCAAGACAGUGUGCUACCUGCUGGUGCAGCUCAUGCAGUGCCGCAAGAUGUUCAAGGCCGAGAUCCCCUUCUCCAACGUCAUGACCUGUGAGGACGAUGACAAGCGCAGGGCCCUGCGAACGGCCUCGGAGAAGGUCCGGAACCGCCUGUCCUUCUCCGCCAACGCAGUCCAUGCCACGCCUGGCAGCCGCGUCAACAGGUACAUCGGCCGCCUGCUGGAGGCGCGGCAGACGGAGCUGGAGGUGGCGGACCUGCACCUGCUCACCCUCCAGUACAAGCAGGCCGAGCGCGAGCGGAAGUACCACCGGCUCCCGGACGAGUCCUUCACCAGCGCCGUGGUGCUCGCCCUCGUGCUGGCCGCCCUGUUCGGCCUGGUCUACCUUCUCAUCAUCCCCCAGAGCGUGGCCGUCCUGCUCCUGCUGGUGUUCUGCAUCUGCUUCCUGGUGUCCUGUGUCCUGUACCUGCACAUCACCCGGGUCCAGUGCCUCCCCGGCUGCCUGACCCUCCGGAUCCGCACCGCCCUGUGCGCCUUCGUCGUGAUCCUGGUCUACGCCGUGGCCCAAGGCUGCGUGGUGGGCUGCCUGCCCUGGGCCUGGCCCUCGGGCCCCAACGCGUCGCUGGUGGUGCUGCCACCCGGAGGCCCGGACGCCGUGCUGCCCGCCCCGCCCUGCGAGGCGGCGCCCCAGGCCCUGCUGUGCGGCCUGGUGGGCACCCUCCCGCUCGCCCUGUUCCUGCGGGUGCCCUCCCUGCCCAAGCUGGUCCUGCUGUGCGUGCUCAGCGCCUCCUACAUCCUGGUCCUGGAGCUCAGCGGCUACACCCGCGCCGUGGGGAGUGCGGCCUCGGGGCGCGGGUUCGAGCCCAUCCUGGCCGUGCUGCUCUUCUCCUGCACGCUGGCCCUGCACGCCCGGCAGGUGGACGUCAGGCUGCGGCUGGACUACCUCUGGGCCUCGCAGGCGGAGGAGGAGCGGGACGACAUGGAGCGGGUGAAGCUGGACAACAGGAGGAUCCUCUUCAACCUGCUGCCGGCCCACGUGGCCCAGCACUUCCUGCUGUCCAACCCCCGCAACAUGGACCUGUACUACCAGUCGUACGCCCAGGUGGGCGUCAUGUUCGCCUCCAUCCCCAACUUCAACGACUUCUACAUCGAGCUGGACGGCAACAACAUGGGCGUGGAGUGCCUGCGGCUGCUCAAUGAGAUCAUCGCCGACUUCGACAAGCUCCUGGACAAGGACGUGCACCAGGACCUGGAGAAGAUCAAGACCAUCGGCAGCACCUACAUGGCCGCCGGGGGGCUGGCGCCCACGGCCGGGGCCAAGGCUAAGCGGAGCGUCACCUCCCACCUGGGCACGCUGGCCGACUUCGCCCUCGAGAUGUUCCACGUCCUGGACGAGAUCAACUACCAGUCCUACAACGAGUUUGUGCUGCGCGUGGGCAUCAACGUGGGGCCUGUGGUGGCCGGUGUGAUCGGGGCGCGCCGCCCGCAGUACGACAUCUGGGGCAACACGGUCAACGUGGCCAGCAGGAUGGACAGCACGGGCGUCCCGGGCAGGAUCCAGGUCACGGAGGAGGUGCAGCGGCUGCUGCGGCCGGGCGGCUACCACUUCCUGUGCCGGGGCAAGGUCAGCGUCAAGGGCAAGGGCGAGAUGCUGACGUACUUCCUGGAAGGCCGGGCGGACGGAAACUUGCAAACCAGGACCCUGAACUCGGAGCGGAAAAUGUGUCCCUACAGGCGAGCCGGCCACCAGACCGGCCUGGCCGCGGGCCGCCCCCCAGCACCCGUGGUCGGAGCCGGGUGGGGGGCUCCGCAGGGCUUGGGGUUCGCCCCCCGCCCCCCUGGCCCACACCUGCCCCCCGGAGCGGCCGGGAAGGAGGCUUAG